CCCCGAUCCCGUUCGGGUUUCCCUCCGCAACCCCCCUCCCUACCAAGUUUGCCCCGCCACGCACCUGACCAUUUGCUGCAAAGUGUUUUGGCCAUAGCGGGUUAGCUCGUGGGGAUAUGGGACGAGGGGGAGAUGCAUGUCAUCAUGUGGAUUGAUCCCAAGCGGCCCCAUCACGACGGGUGAGCGGGGCCGCUCAAAGGCGCGUCAGUGGCUUCCGACAUACCACACACACGACAUCCUCGAUGGACGACGUGGACAUCUCGAAAUUCGGGAUGCCCCAUUCGAGAAGACCGCCAGGGUCGAAGAGGGCGUAAAAGACAUCUGGUUUGAUAUAAGAGGGCUCGAUGGGCUCGGCUGUGGUGAUGGGGGAGGUUUUCUUGGCUGUUAAUGCUGGCAAGCUGAUCAUCUUGGACAUCCAGCACUUGAUACCUUUCUACCUGGGCCGAUAUCUAGCCAGUUCACCACUUUGUUUGGAAAAGACGGACUGCAGUUGAGUCACUCGGCAUCGCAUCACCAGCCUCGUGGUAGUAUAUGGUACAACCCGGGUCAACGCCACAUCCUCAACGACCUCAACGACUUCAAACUCACUUCACGUUGAAAGCCCACCAACAUGUCCCGCCUUAUCACCCUUUCCCGGUGCAGAACCACCUCCCUGCUGCGUCUUCAGCCCCAACGUCGCACCGUUAUGAUGGGCACCGCAGCCUCCCGCCACGGCCCCAAGAAGGAAGGCGACAUCUCGUCCGUCUUCGUCUCCCUCUCCGGCACAACGCGUGAGCCCCUGCCGGACCGCUUCCGCACGCUUAAACAGGACCUUGUUGCCGGGCACGAGGACGCCGUGGUUAAGUCCUGGGGCCGCCUCGUGCGCGCCCUGCGCGAGGAGAACGAGACUGUCGUGGCCAAGGGCCCCGCCAUCAUCCCCAGCGUCGAUUUCAAGAACAUCGACGAAGACAUUAACGGGUUGAAGGCGGAGAUCCGCAAAAGGGGCGCCGCGGUUGUUCGAGGCGUUGUUGAUGAGAAGGAGGCGAGGGGAUACAAAGAAGAGAUUGAGGCGUAUGUGCGCAAGAACCCGUUCACAAAGGCUUUCCCCGCCGACAACCCCCAAGUAUAUGAGCUGUACUGGUCUUUGCCGCAGCUCAGGGCCCGCGCGCACCCCAACAUGCUCAAGACGCAAGCAACGCUCAUACGCGAGCUGUGGAGCGCGUCCUCAGGCGGCGCGGCCAUCUCGAUGCAGCCCCUGACGUACAGCGACCGGCUGCGGAUCCGGCAGCCUGGCGACGCCACCUUCGCCCUCGGCCCGCACAUCGACGGCGGGUCCGUGGAGCGGUGGGAGCGCGACGGGUACGGCCGCGGUGGCGGUACCUACGACGCUGUGUUCCGCGGUGACUGGGAAAGCUACGACCCGUGGGACGUGACGGCGCGCGUAGAGGCCGUGCAGGACCUGUACAACGGCGCCGGCGCAUGCAGCAUGUUCCGCAUGUUCCAGGGGUGGCUGAGCAUGAGCGCCAGCGGGCCGCGUGAGGGCACGCUGCUCGUGAACCCGCUCGUGCAGCUCUCGACGGCCUAUUUCCUGCUGCGGCCGUUCUUCCAGCCACGAAGGACCGCCAGCGAUGUCGGCGCCGAGGCGUUUCUUCGGGAGGACAAUUGGGCGUUCACGGGCGGCGACGAGAUGACGAGCGAGCUGCAGGGCGCGACGCCGGGCCACGGUCAGGAGCUCAGCGACGCGCUGCACCCGCACCUGCGCCUCGGCGAGACCAUGGUGCAUGUGCCACGCAUCCGGCCCGGGGACUUUGUUGUAUGGCACACGGACCAGAUCCAUGCCGUCGACACCGUGCACCAGGGCCGGGGCGACUCGAGCGUCAUCUAUAUUCCCGUGUGUCCGGCGACGGACUUGAACGUGGAAUACCUGGCGAGGCAGCGGGAGGCGUUCCUGAACGGGCUUCCAGGGCCGGAUUUCCCUGGCGGCAAGGGAGAAAGUGAGCACGUCGGGCGGCCCGGGGAAGACGCCAUUCGUGGGGCAGAGGCGAGGCGGGCAAUGGGAUUAGAGAAGCUGGUCGCCGUCGGGGAGGGGCAGGCCGAGAGGGAGAUGAUUGAGCGGGCGAACCGGGCGCUGGGGCUCUGAGACUGACUGGGUUGUGUGUUCGCCAGAGAUAUCCCUGAUGAGUUCUGUAACCUAGACAUGAUAUUUGAAUCGGUGGCCGAAAAAGAAACAACGAUGUCUUGGACAUUGGACAGGUAUCAUUUCUCGACCGAGACAACAGUGAGUGAGUGAGUGAGACCGUGUCUCGUGCGCCGAGACGUGACAACUCGACACCAAUACGAAUGCAAGCGAGUCAACACUGAGAAGGGCGGGCCGGUUGACCACGAGACACGGCACAAAGACAUUCACGUAUGUGAGCCGGGAUCCGGCCGAGACAACCUUGGCCGAGCUGGGCUGAGCUGAGCUGAGCCGAACCAGGCCGCCAUCGUCUGUCUGGUAUACGCAACCCCUGGCGUUCGUUCUUUGCCAGCACCAACCGGGUCCGAGAACCAUCAUCAGUCUACAUACCGAGAAACAGAAGUUUCGAGACGGGACCUCGUCCGUAAUUUUGUCUAUUCCAACCCGAGCGUCUCUAACGUCAC